AUGGUUCACAUCCCUGGAGCCAAACACAGAGCUGCCGAUGCUGUAUCUCGUCACCCAACUGGUAACCCUGAGAGGAUAGUUCUAGUGGAUGAUAUUGCAGCCAUGGACUGUACUGAACUUUCCCCUUCUCUGGAUGUUUGUCAUAACAUCCUUGCCUCCAUCAGAUGCAGUGAAGAGCCUGACUACAGUGUAGAGGAUGCCACUCUCCAGUCUGCUGCAUCUGCAAUCAGCUCCUUGGAACCCAUCACGUGGAACAAGGUGAAAGUUGCCACCACUAGCGAUGUAUCCAUGGCCAGACUCGUUGAUCUUAUUGAAACUGGGAUGCCAGAAUCCCGCCUUGAACUUCCUACCGCACUACGUGAAUAUCAUCAGUUCAGAGAGCAUCUCCACACGGUAGACGGAGUUGUGCUAUACAAGGACCGGAUUGUGAUCCCAUCAGCACUACGUGAAGAUGCCCUUACUGCCCUCCAUUCUGCACACCAAGGCGUCUCAUCAAUGAUGUCCAGAGCUGAAGCAUCUAUCUUCUGGCCCGGACUCACAUUGGCCGUUACAACCCUCCGAACCAACUGUGCUCACUGCAAUCGGAUGGCUCCAUCACAACCAACAGCCCCACCAACACCACUAUGGAGAGAACUGUUGGAGGUGCACCUGGACUCAUCAACUGCUUACGACGCACAUUUGUCACAUUUGGCAUACCUGAUGAACUUUCCUCUGAUGGGGGGACCCGAAUUCACAGCCUCUGCAACCAGAGAGUUCCUUCACACAUGGUCAGUACAUCAUCGACUAUCUUCUGUCGCCUUCCCCCACAGCAACUGCAGGGCAGAAAUUGGCGUGAAGACAGUCAAACGCAUGAUCACUGACAACACCGGACCCCAAGGUGAACUUGACACGGAUGCUUUCCAGCGGGCAAUGCUUCAGUACAGGAACACCCCAGACAGAGACACAAAGUUAUCUCCUGCUAUGUGUGUUUUUGGCAGAGCCAUAAAGGACUUCAUCCCCAUCCUACCCGGUCGGUACAAACCUCAUGAUACAUGGAGCGAUACACUAUUACUGAGGGAGGAGGCACUCAGAAACCGACAUAUGAUGGCAGAACGUCUCACUCAACACACCAAACAGCUCCCACCUCUCGCAGUUGGUGACUUUGUCAGAAUCCAGAACCAGAUAGGGCCUCACCCUCUCAAAUGGGACAAAACAGGAUGUGUGGUCGAAGUUCGUCAAUUCGACCAGUAUGUUGUACGGGUAGACGGAUCAGGUAGAGUGACCCUACGCAAUCGGAAGUUCCUCAGGAAGUACAUCCCUGCUUUCCAACCUCUAUCUAGACGCUCAAUCGCUGAUGACUUGCCAAGGCCACAAACAUCUACUCUUGACAAUACCACCACCCCCAUACUAUGUCCACAUCCGGCUCAGUCAACAUCAGAACACUUGACCACACCUACAACAGUCUCUACUGGUGACGAACAACGCACUCCGCAUCAACAGCCAGUGCCGUCCAGACCAGCUGCUACGCCUGAUGUCUCACAAUCCACACCACCCUCACCUGAUAGAUCCCGUCCACUCUGUCCUGUGAUCAGAGAACCCACUGUCCUGACAGAGUCACCAAGCAUCGAUCCUUCAUCGACCCUAACAGUAGACACAAGUGUGAUCCACCCACGACGUUCUACCCGCACCAAGGAAAAAGCCAAACUGGCUGUCUGA